CAGCCUUGAUCUCCCAGGCUCAACCAAGCCUCCCACCUCAGCCUCCUGAGUAGCUGGAACUACAGGAAGCCAGCAAGCGGCCGGCGUCUCCGGAGCCCGCAAGGAGGCGCGUUGGCUGCGCAGACAGAGCGCUUCCAAGCCGGAGAGCCUAGGAACGGUGGCGCGGGCAGAGGCGACAGCGAGGAUCCAAGGCUGGGGUUUCCUGCUUGGAUCAGGAGUGCCUGGGGACUCUACCUCGCCUGCCUCCUUGAGGGAAACACGGGGAAGCCAGGACUGGCCGUCGCGUUGGCGACAAAUAUGUCCCAGGACUCGGUGACCUUCGCAGAUGUGGCUGUGAACUUCACCAAAGAGGAGUGGACCCUGCUGGACCCAGCUCAGAGGAAUCUCUACAGAGAUGUGAUGCUGGAGAACUCUAGGAACCUGGCAUUCAUAGACUGGGCGACUCCGUGCAAAACCAAAGAUGCAACCCCUCAGCCGGAUAUUCUUCCUAAAAGAACAUUUCCUGAAGCCAACAGUGUGUGUCUCACGAGCAUCAGUUCCCAGCUCUCCACAUUGAGAGAAGACUGGAGAUGCCCCAAAACAGAGGGACCACACAGGCAGGGGGCGAAUAAUGUGAAGCCACCUGCAGUUGCCCCCGAGAAAGAUGAAUCUUCUGUUAGCGUCUGUGAAGAUCACGAAAUGAGGAACCGCUCUAAACCUACCUGCAGGCGUGUGCCUUCACAGGGAGAUUCCACAAGACGAUGUAUCCUAACAUGUGACUCAAGUAUUUUGAAGUAUAAUCCUUUCUUAAACGAUAGUCAAAAAACACAUGAAAACAACGGACGUGAUGAAGUCUUGGGGCAGAACAUUCAGUGGGUUCCGUGUGGGAGAAAAACAGAGCUGAAAUCAAGCACAUGGACUGGCAGUCAGCACACUGUGCAUCAUACACGUGAUGAAAUUGAUACGGGAGCAAACAGGCACCAACAGAAUCCAUUUGGAAAAGCUUUCCAUGAAGACGGAUCCCUUAGGGCACACAGCACUCAUGUUCGAGAGAAAAUGUAUGAUUUUACUCAGUGGGAGAACACUUCCAGAAAUAACUCAAUUCAUGCCGUGCAGAUAGAGUCGUAUACCUCAGAGACAAAUAAGAAGGAUUGUCAAACUCAAGCAACCUCUGCCAACGCUCCAAAUUCUGGUUCACACAAGGGUCAUUGCACUGGAGAGAAAAGCCACAAAUGUCCCGAAUGUGGGAGAGCCUUUUUUUAUCAGUCAUUCCUUAUGAGACAUAUGAAAAUUCACACUGGAGAGAAACCGUAUGAAUGUGGGAAAUGUGGAAAAGCCUUUAGAUAUUCCUUACACCUUCAUAAGCAUGUAAGAAAGCAUGUCGUGCAGAAGAAGCCCUAUGAAUGUGAAGAAUGUGGGAAAGUCAUUAGGGAGUCCUCAAAAUAUACACAUCUAAGGAGCCACACUGGAGAGAAACCCUAUAAAUGUAAGACAUGUGGAAAAGGCUUUACAAAGUCGUCAGGACUUAAAAAACAUCUGAAGACUCACAAUGAUGAGAAGCGCUGUGAAUGAAAGGAAGGUGGGAAAAUCUUCAUUAAUUUUCUAACUGUACUGAACAUGGGAGGAGGACAUAUUGGAAGGGAGCUCAAGGGGCUAGCAUGCAUGAGAACAUCUUCCCUGAACUCUCCUAUCUUACAGAAAUGUGGGGGGAAAAAAAAAACCCUGCAAAGGUAAAGUCUAGGGAAAGCCUUUCCUCUUCAUUCAUCUUGAGUAGACAUUUGUUCUCAUCCUGGAGAGAAACUGUGAAUCUAAAAGGAAUAUGACAAAACCUUCAGCGUGGUCUCAAAUUCAUGGUUCAUACAAGAACUCACACUGCAGAGACUCCUUACGGAAGUAAAAAAUGUAGGAAAGAGCUGCUGGACGCGGUGGCUCACACCUGUAAUCCCAGCACUUUGGGAGGCCGAGGCGGGUGGAUCAUGAGGUCAGGAGAUCAAGACUAUCCUGACUAAUAUGGUGAAACCCCGUCUCUACUAAAAAUGCAAAAAAUUAGCCAGGCAUGGUGGCGGGAGCCUGUAGUCCCAGCUACUCUGAAGGCUGAGGCAGGAGAAUGCCGUGAACCCGGGAGGUGGAGCUUGCAGUGAGCAGAGAUUGCACCACUGCACUCCAGCCUGGGCAACAGAGCGAGACUCCAUCUCAAAAAAAAAAAAUGUGGGAAAGUCCCCUUUAAACACUUACCACUCAUGUUACAUGUGAAUCCAUAUCCUGGAGGGAGGCUACAAUUGGAAUAAAAAUAAGAAAGCUUUCAAGGCC